AUGACUACUCGAAACGUACUCUACUUCCAGUCACAAUUAUUUUUUAAACCAAAGGAUGUGCCAUCAUUAAUUAUGACACUUCUUACAAUACUUCCAUUUGUUAUAAUUUUUGUUUGUGGGUUUAAAAUGGUUCAUUAUGUUAAUUCACAUACUGGAUAUGAUGAAAAUAUGAAGAGAUUACUUAAACAAUUGACAAAAACUUUGAUAAUUUUGGCAAUUAUUCCAUUUAUUAACCAAUUAUUAACUAUAUCAACAAUGAUCUUGAUUUUAAAUAAUAAAACAAAUGAUUCAUCCAAAGAUUAUGAUAUAAAUCCAUUCUAUAUGUUUCGUGCAAUCUUCAAUCAUUUUACACCCGUUUUUAACCCAAUUGUUUGUAUAUUAACUAAUAAGCCAUACAAAGAAGCUGUUUUUAAUCGUCUACAAAUACACCCACAAUAA